UUGUUUAACCAAUUUAAGCAUUAAAAAGAAGUCCAAAGUUUCAUUUGCUUGGCCAAAAGCAAAUCAAAACAGCAAUUAAGAAAUCCAUACAAUUUAUGCAAGAUCAGCUUUAUUAACCAGUUUUAAGGUGACGUUGACAAGAAAUGGUGGAAAAACACGGUUCCGUUAAAAAGAAGAAAAUGGGUAAAAAGUGUAACAAAUUCUUGGACGCCCUGUUGGUCUUGGUUCAUGUGGUAGUUGAUUAUAUACUGGAAUUUGUUUUGGGUUGGUAUUUGGGCCCCCAGCAGAGAUGCAGUCCUCCAGAGGAUAAAAAACAAGAUGACGUUGUUUCAAAAAGUGCAGUGGAGUUAGCUUUACUGAUUAAGCAGCGUAAAUUAAAAGCUUAUGAUGUGGUGAAAACUUAUUGUGAUCGUAUUAAGACUGUUAAUCGCGAAAUAAAUGCCGUAGUCGAUGGUCCAUUUGCAGAAGCUCUAGAGGAAGCCAAGGAAAUCGAUCGCAAACUCGAUAAUGGUGAAAUAAGUGAAGAAGAUUUGAAAGCGAAACCAUUUUUGGGUGUACCUUUUACCACCAAAGAUAGUACAGAGGUGGCUGGCAAAUUGCACACAUUGGGCUUGAUAGCUCGCAAAAAUGAACGAGCAAAAGAAGACGCUGAAUGUGUGCGUUUAAUGAAAGAAAGUGGUGCCAUUAUUAUAGCCACCAGCAACGUUCCGGAAGUGAACAAAUGGAUAGAAUCCCGUAAUAUGUUGAUAGGACAAACUAAUAAUCCCUAUGACUUAAGGCGUUCCGUUGGUGGAUCAUCUGGUGGAGAAGCGGCUUUAAUUAGUGCUUGUUGCACUGGUUUUGGUUUAGGCACCGAUAUAGGGGGCUCUAUACGUAUACCAGCGUUUAACUGUGGAGUUUAUGGACAUAAGCCUUCAACUAAUGUGGUCAAUAUGCGAGGCUGUACAUUCCGCACGGGAAAAGAAGAAAAAACAAUGGUAGCAGCCGGACCUAUGACCCGCUAUGCCACAGACUUAAUGCCUAUUUUAAAAGUUUUAUCAGGUCCCAAAAUGUCUGAUACUUUAAAACUCUCUCAAAACGUAGACUUGAAAAAGUUGCGCUACUUUUAUAUACCUACGAAUAAAAUGAAGCAAUGUAACCCGGUAAAUCGUGAAACCCAAAUGCGCAUGUACCAAAUACGAAGACAUUUUCAAAAUUUAACCGGCCAGGAAGUUAAAUUAGCCGACUUGCCAAAAUUGGAAGUGACUGGAAAAAUGUGGCGUUAUUGGAUGACCCAGGAACCAGCUAAUUUCAAUAAGCUCUUGGGCAAUGGUGUUGACCUCAAUCCGUUUGUGGAAUUAUUUAAAAAAAUUAUUGGAAAAAGUGAUUUUACUAUGGCAGCUAUAUAUUCGUUGAUUGAUUCGCUUUUACCCAAAGAAAAAGAAAGUUUAAUACGGGAGGCGACCACACAAUGCAAAGAAGCAUUGCAAGAAUUGUUGGGCGAUGAUGGAGUAUUAUUUUUCCACAGCUCUCCACGCACUGCACCAUUCCAUUACUAUCCUCUUGUUAAGAUAAUGGAUUUCAGUUACUUUUCAAUAUUUAAUGUUUUGCAAGUGCCAGUAACACAAGUGCCCUUAGGUUUGGAUGCUAAUGGUCUGCCUAUGGGUGUUCAAGUAGUGGCCAAUGACAUGAACGAUCGUUUGUGUUUGGCUGUGGCUGAAGAAUUAGAGCGUGGCUUUGGUGGUUGGGUACCACCAUAUGCUGCUAUACGAAAUUAAAUUUUCUAUUAUGUAUGCUCUAAAUAUUUCUAUAACCAUUUUUUUUGUUGGUGAUUUUCGAGAUAUAGUUAAAAUAUUCAUUCCUUUAGUUGGUAAAUUGUAUUAAAACGAAUUAAACAUAAUAUAUACCUAUUAAUAUAUUUUUAUAUUAUUUUAUAUAUGGACAUACUAAUAUAAAA